CGGUAGGUAAAGGAGGGAACACCCAUUCAUUUUCUCCCUUUGGGGAGCCCCUUCUGCAUGAAGGUAUAAAGGGAGAUUUCCUCUUUUCUCCCUCAAACUGAAGAACACAUAUGUAAAUCCUUGUUUUUCCUCGUGAGGCUGGGGAGGCCAUAGCCACAAUGCUUAACUGCAUGCAUCUAACUCAGGGCUGAUUUUAACCCCAGCGCUCUGACCUAAACUGCUCAGCUCCCGGAAAUUCCAAGGAACCCAGUGGCCUUAGUCCUUCAGGUGGAACAGCGUGCACCAUGGGAAAGAAAACCAAGCGAACAGCUGACAGUUCUUCUUCAGAGGAUGAGGAGGAGUAUGUCGUGGAGAAGGUGCUAGAUAGGCGUGUGGUUAAGGGGCAAGUGGAAUAUCUACUGAAGUGGAAAGGCUUUUCUGAGGAGCACAAUACUUGGGAACCUGAGAAAAAUUUGGACUGCCCUGAGCUAAUUUCUGAGUUCAUGAAAAAGUAUAAGAAGAUGAAGGAGGGUGAAAAUAACAAACCCAGGGAGAAGUCAGAAACUAACAAGAGGAAAUCCAGUUUCUCAAACAGUGCUGAUGAUAUCAAAUCCAAAAAAAAGAGAGAGCAAAGCAAUGAUAUUGCUCGGGGCUUUGAGAGAGGACUGGAACCAGAAAAGAUCAUUGGGGCAACAGAUUCCUGUGGCGAUUUAAUGUUCCUAAUGAAAUGGAAAGACACAGAUGAAGCAGACCUGGUUCUUGCAAAAGAAGCUAAUGUAAAAUGUCCACAGAUUGUGAUAGCAUUUUAUGAAGAGAGACUGACGUGGCAUGCAUAUCCUGAGGAUGCGGAAAACAAAGAGAAAGAAACAGCAAAGAGCUAAAGGAGGGGGUGGUCUCUGUCAUUUCUCUUUGUACAUAAUACAUUCACCUCCCUGCCUCCUCUCCCUUCUACCUACCCCCUUCUAUCCUAAACACAUUCAUAAAAAAUGUGCUUAUCACUGUGCUCCAGAGGAGAAAUGUUGAUAUUGGUUCUCUUGUAACAUAACUGGUGGUCUGAUUCAUGAUAAUUGUCUUUCUGUGAAGACCGGGCAUUUGCAUACUGUGUGUAAUUCCCACAAUUUUUUCCUUUGCCCUGAUCUCUUUCUUCUGCUCCCCUGUGACCUCUAGAUGAGUUUUAACUUUUUAAUCAUCUGAGAGUCUUGAUCUUUUCAGGGUUGGUCACUUUUAGACUGGGGGAUUUUGUUACAAUGAGGGUGAGUUUUGGUUCUUAAAACAUGUUGAUGACCAGCUAGCCUUUGUUUGAGAUGUUGGGAUGGAAAAGAUAUUGCCCAUCUUUUUAGAAAGCCAAUAGCAACUGCCUACCUGUUGGGGCUUUCCCAACCUCAUCCAGCUCUACCCAGGAGAAUACAGGGUUCCUGGUGUGGUCUUCUGGGCCACCCUCUGUUGUUCAUUCUCACCCAUUCUCCCAGAAUAGCUCCAUCCUUGGAGGACUUGAAAUUUUACAUUCAGAUUUGUCAAGGCACUCCUUUUAGCCCCAGGACUUUUGGCUUUGUUUCUUAGUAAUCCCUGCUUUUGCUUCUGCAAGGUGGUGCAGUCUGUCUUAAAGUGACAAGAUUAUUAACUGUGGAACUUUUUAGCUGUUAGUAUAUGAAAAUGAUGGGGUAGGAUACAAUUGUUGUUAUCACCUAUGGUAUAUAUAUGUUAUUUCCUUCCAUCCCUCACAUUUGGACUAUAUAUUUAUGUAGGUGCGAAUGACUGCCGGGUGCUUGCUUGUGCCAAGGUGCUAGGCACCCUCCAACCCUGCCAACUUCAUGGCCUCCCAAAGCAUUCCUGUUAACCAAAGAGGCUUCAAAACUGACCCUCACUUCUCAGUGGACACAAGUUUCCCCUCUAUGCCACUAUUUUCAGUGAGGAAUUCUUGGAGGGGAGCCAUUGGCCACACUAUUAGUUUUAAAUAUUCAUAGAGUUUAUAGUCAUAAAUAUCUUGCUUUGUUGACUCCUGGAUUUGUCAAGAGUCCCCAAAGUAUUAAUGCUUUUGUUUUUCCAUCCUAAAACUCUUUGUAUCUUCUUUUUAAAAAUGCAUUUCCAUGGAAGACUAUCACCUCAAGGGUGGCAGGCCCUGGCAUUAGCAUGUUGACACAACCAUCUUUCCUUACUCAGCAAAGCAUUUCCCUUUUAGCUUCCUCCUGUUUUGCCAUUAUAUUGAGAGUUUAUUUUUCUGGUAUCCUGUCUGUCUCCUAAGAAAUGCCCUAUUUCCCUUCACUCUUUUUUUCUUGGGGGGGUGGGGCGCUAGAAAAUCAAUCCAAAAAGUAAGGCAGUAGCAGGGUUUCGAGCAUCCUUGUCCUAGCCCAAAGCUGAGGGAGUAAGAAUAAGUGCUUGAAAUAGCCUUAACUCUAGAGUUCACCAUCAUAAAGGUGGUUUUUGUCGUUGCUUUGAUUUUUAAAACAUAGCUCACAGGAGCAUUCAACCAUUUCUAGAUUAUUUUGAGUAGUGAGGGGAAUGACUAGGUUGCUCUAGUCCACAGGUGAGCUGAAUAAUAUGCAAAUCAUAUACCCAUUCAUAGCAUUUGUUAGCAUUGCUUCCCUGCUCAGCUACUGAUUGAAUUCUGUGUGCUUCUAUAAAUUAUGUCAAAAGUUAUACUGCACAGUUGAAAAGACAGCUGUUGAUGCAGUGACAUGACAGAUUGGAGCAAUGAAGAUUUUGGUUUAAGUCAUCCAGGAAAAUCCUUCUGAAUGGUAAUGUGAUUAGGUAAGAACUCAUAACCCAUACCUCAAGUAGGUAGGGGGUUUAUCUUCAUCUUCCUUUACUCUCUGAAGGAAUUAAAGACCUAGAUCAAAUGCUAAGUAAUUAACAGUUUUUACUACUAAUCUGAUGGGCGUCUAAAAGAAAGGAUGGUCAGGAAAUAGAUUUGUCAUACAGGUAAUCAAGGAUAUCAAUUAGGGUAGUCAAGAAUACGACAACAAAAAUAGGCCAGAGCCUCUGAAGAAGUGAUCUGAGUCUCAAUGUGCAGCUGGAAAAAAUGGCCACUUACCCAUGUAGCCAUGUGUCUACAUGUAGCCAUGUGUCUCCCAGGAACAGUGGGCAUGUAAAAUACAGCAACCAUAUUUUGAAAACCAAAAUCUAGCAUUUGGACAUUUUUUUGUACGGAGAGUGAUUCUGAGAAACCUGGGGCAUGUGGUUGCCAGGGUUAUAAGUAAUAUUUAAGAUAUUCAGCAAAAUCUGAUUUUCUUUUAACAAUGCCAGUAUUAGCUAUUCAUCACUUUACUCUUCAUCAUUUUCUGUCCACAGUUUAUCGUAUCAAGGUCUUGUACUAAGUGCCACCAAAACAACUUUUAUUCUCUCCUAUAGGAAUGUAGGGAGCCUGAAGCCAAAACUGAUUUCAGCCCUCAGCAGAAAUGAAACCAGAUGCGUCCCUAUGCCUCAAGCUUUCGUUAAUGCUGAGUGGCUGUCCUGGCCGUUGGAGAAUUGUAACCUCAAAAAGGAAACUUGUUUUCAUGGGGUUUCUCCUCUCAGAAGAGUUAGUAGCCAAGGCCCUCAGUAUACUUUUCUGUGUUGUUCUUUCAAAACAUCUUUCUAAUAAUUUCUUUAGUAAUCAGCAUUCAAGGAUCUUCCUUUCACAGAAUGUAGUAGAGCUUUGCCCAGCAGAGUCUACCAAUGUCAAUGUAGCCACUUUUCUGAGCCCUGGACGGGACUGAUACCCUCACGUUAAGGUCAGCUGUUAGGAACAUCAGCCCUAAUGGAAGCACCCAUUUUUAACCUAGAGAGAGCCAUAUCAUUUUUCCUCUGGCAGUCAGUUUUUGUCUGCGCAAGGGAACACUUGGACCUGUGCUGCUCUCAACACUCAAAAGUCUAGGUGGUCCUUGGCUGUCCCCCCAGUCAUAUCUCUGUGUUUCUGUUUUUCAUGAAAAGCCUGUUCCCAUAGGUUGGCAGUUAUUCUUAACUUUAUAUUCCUGUUCUGUAGCCACCCUGCCAUCCAUUUACUUUAUAUUUAGGCCGAAAUCAUAGGACCUUGGAAGAGGUGCUUGGGAUCUUACAAUUUUGUUGAAUCUGUGUUUAGGUCAGCCCACCUAAAGUACAGAGAGAUCUGUGUUUGGGUUGGAGAGUGAUUGUCUUUGCCCUUAGGGUUUGAAAUCAAGGGCCUAAAAUACUACUUUGCAAUGACUUGAGAACCCCAGAAAGGGUUAUGUCAUUAGAUUUAAAAUGUAAAAAUUGUUUUUUACAAAUCAGGUUAAAGGAAAAGCUUAUUUUGCACCCAUGACUCCAUCCUUUUGGUUUAGAUUUUUAGAGAAAAAAUUAUAGUGUUGCGUUCUGUACCUUUGUAAUCGUACCACCAAGCAAUCAUACCUUUAGCGAGGUGGAGAAAGGAAGGGUCUGGACCCAGUAUAUUCCAGUUUCAUGUUGGCUUUACCACUAAUUGUCAAAGUUAUGUUUCCAAAAAUAGAGACUUUACCAGCCUUGCAUCCAAGAGCAUAUGCUAAGAAUUGGGUAACCCCCCCAUACCCAAUUAAUAGUGGUAGAUUUGUAUUGAGCCACAUUAGUGUAUAUCAACAUUCAUUCAAUACUUUUCGGCCCAGCAGAUAUAAAGCUCAACAAGAUGCAGUCCCUGACUUCAAAGAACUAUCAGUGCUGGUGUGGGGUAAAAUGACUAUUAAUAGCAGUGUAAUAAAUGCUUUAAAUGAAUACACAUUUCUGAUUUGGGGGCAGAGACAACUGUUGUUACAGUUUGUGGCCCUAAAGUAGGAGCUAAACGAUUGAUGUGUGGACUUUUUUCUGUGACCUUGGAUGAACUGAGUUAACUGGUCAUACAUAGGCCACAACAAGGGCUUGUUUUAUUCCAGAAAAUAAAAAGAACUGAAGGUUGGUUAGAAAUGCUGCUAUUAGAGAGAACAACAGGUGAGUGGGGAUUGAGAACCCCAGAUUUCAGUCCGUAUUUUAGGCUCUUUGUCAAAGUAUCUAAUGGUAUAGUUAAUCCUUGUGAAAAGUAUUAACUGUGUUGCAGAUCCAGUUAUGUAUUGUUAAGUUAUUUUGGGUCUGUAACAUUUAUGGACAUUUUAUCAGAGUUCACACCUUUUUCAUUUUUCUCAUCUCUUUCAGAGGAAUUAACAUGAGGCUGGCUUUAAGCCUAAAACAGACAUAUUUUGCAAUGACAAGAGAUUUGCUAAAAAGGAGGCCUGAGGCACAUCUGUUAACACCUGGGCAUCUACUCUGGGCAGUGUAGUUUUAUUCAACACUGCAAGGUGGUGAUUUCUAAGCAGAGAAUUAUGUGGAAACCCUCCCACAAAUAUACAUAACCUGGAAUUUUAAAUUUAAUCAGUUUAGGGUGAGGCCUAGCCUUACUAACAGGCUGACCUUAAGAUUUAGUUCUGACCACAAGAAAAAUAUGCUUUCCUCUGCCUGGACAGUUGAGAGUUGACUACUGUUGGAAGUCAGAAUUCCCAAGAAUUAGAAUAAUUCUGGAAAAUUAAAGUGUGAAGGUUUUUUGGAAAGCUUCAUAAAAACAAUUCUCCUUUCGUUUUUGCUUGCUCCGGAUCUCUUGAAUUUUAAACUACCUCAUCUUGUCUUUCUAGAGUUACUUCAACUUGUCAUUGCUUCUAACUUGCUUGACUUUGGCUGUUUUUUAAGAUGGACUUUUUCCUAUUCAUUGACAGUGUGUUCUCUUGCCUUUUCAUCCUGAUCCUCAUUUCACCUAUCAUAUUGUUUCUCUGUCAGAGAAACAGUUUAAAAUCUUGGUUUAUGGGAAGAAAGUGAUUCUCUGAGUUCAGUAAGAGAAGGAGUUAAAAUAAAGUUGGGGGGGGGUGCACACAAGUGCACUGGAGGCAGCGUACAAGGGAAGAGCCAUUAAUUAAGACAAUUUCAAAGUCAACUGAUUGUGAUCAUUAAUGUCACAAUAGAUCAAAACCUAAUUAUCACAGCCUAGGUAAGAGCCAUCAGUAUUAAUCAGAAAAUCUAAUAGGAAACUAUUAUCAAGAAAUUAGGUCAAAUUGAAUGCAAUGAACUUUUAAUCUUGUCAUUCUGUGUUUUUGUGUGUGUGUGUAUAUCCCCUGGCGUUGGCAUGUGUGAUCCUCACAGUUGAUCCAGGCCCCAGUGGCCAGUUUGUCACACUUUGAGGAGUUCCAAACACAGACUGAACCUGAACUGUCGUUGCCACUUUAAUCAGUUUUGAACUUUAUCAUUUGGACUUGUUUGGUGUGAUCAGCAAUCAAUGAAAAAA